AUGGAGACUUCCCGGCAGCAAAAUAAUGCUACCAGCCAGAGCGAUUUUGAGCAGAUCGGAACUGCAGCCAAUGAAGUCGCGGCGUCCGAUGACUUGAUAGAUGAAAUCACAUGGCCAGCUGUCGCAAUCCUUGUUUCGGGAUUCUUUGCAAACUUUAUAGUCUUUGGAAUUGGGUUUAGUUACGGUGUUUUCCAGGAGUUUUACCUUUCCCCAAAAGGUCCACUCUAUGGCCAGAAACAGUCCCAAGUCGCUAUGAUUGGAACCUUGGCCACCUCUUUGACAUAUUGUGGGGGCAUAUUUCAAAACUUCAUAAGGAAUCACUACUCUACAAGACUGAGCAUGAGCUGUGGUACUUUGAUGUUAGCAUUGGGGAUGAUUCUCGCAGGAAGCUGCACUCAAGUCUGGCAAUUUAGUCUGACACAGGGAGUCAUGUUUGGAAUCGGCUCAUCAACGUGCUAUCUACCUCCUGUCAUUUACGGUCCCCAAUAUUUCAAGAGAUGGAGAGGCACCGCAAACGGGAUAAUCUUUUCUGGUACCGGAUUCGGUGCUCUUUCAUUUGCAUUUCUCACAAGGUAUUUGCUGACUGCUAUUGGCUGGCGAUGGACUUUGAGGACUCUUGGUCUUAUAUCACUGAUUGUGGUUGGGACAUGCAGUCAAUUUGUGACUCCUCAUCCAGAUUAUGUUGCACAUUCAGACUCUCUCGUGCUGAACAUGUCAGUCAUUAGAUCGAGAAAGUUCCUUCUUCAAAUACUAGCAGCAGGCUUUCAGUCGCUUGCAUACUUGAUUCCCCUAACGUAUAUGUCGUCCUACGGUAUAACUUUAGGUUUUACUGAGAACCAAGGAGCGACUUUCAUUGGUAUCAAUAAUGCGAUAAACGCAGUUGCAAAAAUUGCGGUAGGUCGUGCAGCAGAUCAUGUUGGACGAGUCAAUAUGCUCGCAAUUUGUUGUCUGUCGAGCACGGUGGUGGUGUUUGCCCUCUGGCUUGUUCCGCAACGAGAAACAUUCACUACUUUCGUUGUUCUGUAUGGUGUGACUUCAGGCCCGAUAAUUUCUCUUUUACCUGCCACUCUAGUUGAAACAUUUGGAAUCUCGUUAUACCAUUCCGUUUCGGGGCUACUAUAUUUCUCUCGUGGGGUUGGAAACGCACUUGGGUCCCCAAUUGCAGGUCUUCUCGUGGGAACUUCGGCCGAGAGACCAUCUAAUUACAGAAGCGUGAUUAUUUACACCGGCACGGCAUUAGCCAUGGCAUCGUUGCUAGUUGUAUCAUUUCGACUCAGCGUCAACAAAAGGCAUUGA